AUCAGAAUGCACGUAGAGACGUCUGUCCAAUCACGUUCAAGCUGCUCUAGCUUCGCUUCCUGGAUUCGAAGUGCACGUUUUCUACUCGCCACUUUUUGAUUCUCCUCCAGAAACAACGAGCUGAUGGCAAAGGACAAGUCUUUGAAAAAAAAUCCCCCCAAGGGAAAGAAAUCCAGCUUUAAUGAGGGAGAAGAAGCCAUGGAAACUCAAACCAAGAAGAAGAGAAAACACGUGGAAGUAGAGGACUCUCCAGUUCAGAUUCCAGAUGAGAAAACGAGCAAAAAGGACAAAAAUCACAAGAAGAAGAAGAAGGCAACAAGAGAAGCUGACUUGGAUCGAGUUGAGCUUCCUGAGGAAGACGGGGAUCCCGAAGGACCUUUGACCCCUGAAGAGAAACGGGUUCUGGAAAGGAAGCUGAAGAAGAUCCGGAAAAAGGAGGAGAAGAAGAAGCUGAAGGAAUCCGGACCGGCCGACCCAAAAACCGCAGAACCCGGACCGAGCGCAUCCAAGCAGGCCUUGGACUACCUCACAUGCUGGGCGGAAAGCCGUUCAGCCUGGAAGUUUCAGAAGAUCCGACAGACCUGGUUACUGCAGCACAUGUACGACUCCGAGAAGGUUCCAGACGAUACAUUUGUGGUUCUGCUUCAGUAUCUGGAGGGAAUGUUUGGACGAGCGAAGGAAACGACGGUCCAGAAGGCCUUGGCGCUGGUGGAGGAAUCCGGGAAGGCGCCGCAGGACGCGUCUGUCCAGCAGAGGGCGCAGCGGGCCAGAGAAGUCAUCCAGCUCCUCUCCUGACCCUGAGGGACUCCUGCACUGAAAUGAGCCAGGAAGAGGCAGGACCAAGGCGCGCAGCUCCCUGUAAAUAACAUCCAACAUGAUUUUCUGUGCUACUAAAACCUAAAAACAGAAACUCUUCCUCAUGUUUGCAACAUUUUGAAUCUCAAACUAUUUUCCAAAAAGAUGAUUUGAGUCUUCUGGACGUUGUUUUCACAAUGAGGCGGACGAUGAAAAGCUGGAAAAUCGGGAAUAUUUAUGGUUGGGACGCGUUGGGACACGUCGGACCUGUAAACAAGUCCGACUGACGCGACGCUGUAAAACUCACUGCGUUAUUUUAACUCAUCUGAACUAUAACAAGCUGCUUCAACAGCCUUUUUAUAUACGACAUGUCAUCUGUUCUGAUCAGAAAUUUACAUACACUGAUAACAGGAAAAAAAGAGAAAAAACCCACUCACAACAGGAAAGAAUGCCACAUUAUUGUAAUCUUUUUUAAUUUUCUUAAACAUUUCUAUUUUCCCCAUAAAGAAGAGUAAACAACUUCACUGCUUUAUUUUGAUUCUUUUUUGAAAAAUCAAAAUGUUGAAAAUGUUUUUUUCGUCCAUGUAGGAUCAGAAAUAUAAUACUCUUUAGUGUAGCAUGUUAUUAGGCAGUGGGGUAUGGAAAGCCAGAAGUGCCUCAAAUCACUACUUUUAUACAUAUUCUAAUUUACCAAAUAUGAUUUAUCUGUUUUGAACACAGAUUUACAUACUUAGCAGUUAUAAAUGGCAUAUUUAUUUGAUGAUUCUUAUAAUAAAUUUUUUUUCCCUAUAAACUGAUUUUAGAGUAAAUAAUUUUACUGCUUUACUUUGUUUCUUUAUGAAAAAUCAAGAGUAAAUUUAUUGUAAAUGUUCUUUCAUUCACACAGGAUCAGAAAUAUACGUUAUAUAUUUAAGUGUACAUUAAUACCACUCCUGAUACUUGAAGUUGUUAAUUUUUUGUAGUUUUUAGUGUUGUGUGGUAUUAGUCAGAGGUGUAUGGAAAGCUAGAAGUGCCACAAAUCACCACUUUUACCAAGUUUCAUGUUAAAAAGCUACACAAAAAACACCUUUUUAUGACUUAAGAUGGUGUAAAAUACAGAAAAAAUCCUGUCAAAAUGCUAUUUAUGACGUUUUAAGACUGCCUUCCGAACUCCAAGAAUUACGGCAUUUAUUGAGGUUAUUGAAUGUCGCAUGUUAGUGCUUAGUGACGCAUAAUUAUGUGACAUAACGGCAUAAAAAAAUGACACUUUUGCCGUAUUUUAUGGUUUUUUCGGUCAUAAGCCAGAGUGUGAUUUUGUGUGACUUCUUAACCAGACGUGUAGUAAAAAUGGCUGUUUGUGGCACUUAUGGCUUUCCGUAGAUGUGUGUAGAAGGCCUAAAAGCAUACUAAAGUAUCAGUAGUGUUACUCAGGAUUUGGACCAGGAACCUUUCGGUCUGGAGCCAACCUGCUGCAUCACUAAUAAUAUUUUUUUUAAUUUAUAUCCUCAUUAAAGUAACUAAAGUAUUUCUUAAUGUAGGGAAGUAAACGUACAAGUAUUAGUUCACAAAUCAAGGAAAAGUAAAAGGUUUUGUGCAAUAAAAUACUUUUAAUAGGGUAUUUCUUUUCAAACUGUUACUCAAGUAAAUGUAUUUGAUUACGACUGAUUUCUGGGUUUAAGCAGAAUCUUUAUAGUUUCAAUAAGGCUGAGUUUUUUUCUAAUAAAAAAACUUAAUGCAA